AUCCGUAGAGCCCGUCCUAUUCUGCUACGAUUCCCGCGGCAUCCCCACCUUUUGCUUAAUACCACCGCUCCCCUCUCCCUCGGAAUUGAGCAGCGACGAAGAUGAGCAGCGAUGGAGACGGCGCUGAGCUUAUGGUGUCGUUCAAGAAGGGAGCCUGCGACAAAGCCCCUCCACGGACGCGGAAACAAGCCUCUUUCUCGCCAGGGAAUUUCAUAUCAGGCCAGAGCUCUGCAGAGGAUGGAGCGGCCAACCAGCAAUCACCGCCGAUCAGGCGGAAGGUGGUGGCUGUAAAAGCGCUUCCAGUUCGAAACCGACACGAAUACACUUACUACGAGCCGAAAGAGACGGUUGAGAGCAUAACGCGGGAGUUUCAGAAGAAGGGGGACCUGAUAUACGAGGUGAAAUUCACUAGCGGCAUCACUAAGGAGGUUUCCUUUGACGAUCUUCUUGCGCUCGAAGACGGCCCAAAGGUAUUCCAAAACUUCCAGAACGACGACGACGGCGGCGCUUCCAGCUCAGCGACAGCGGCGGAAGAAGAACAGAACAUGAAGCUGCGAAAGAGGCCCUCAAAACCCAACAACAAUGCCUUUACCGACUUCUCUGGGCUCGGCCUCUCCUCAGAUGAUGACGAGCUUGUCUCGACCACACGGAAACCUCGCCAGAAGCGCCUCAGCGUCUUGAGUAAGCGUGGAGGCAGCAGCCGGUCGUCGACGCGAUCACGGCGGAGCGAUCCAAUCGAUCUUUCGUCAAGCGAUAGCGAGGAGUCAGGUCCAAAGCGUCGACGUAGGCGCAAGGUGCUUCAAGAACCGACGCGGCGGUCUAGCCGGAGUCGAACGGCUGUCCAGGCAUACGACGAGGAAGAGGAUGAGGAAGAGGAAGACAAAGACGAAGACGAAGAGUUAUAUGACUCAUCGUCCAUGGACAUCUUGCGCUCAGACAUCAUCCACAGCCGACGGAAGCGAAAGCGUGGUCCUGGACACCCGCCAAAACCGGUGGAGAAGCUGCCACGCACGGGUAUCAGGCAAUCCGAGAGGUCGACUCGAGCCCAGAACGAUAUGCGAGAGGCGAACAUCGAUGAUAUAUAUCGAUCGGACUCGGAACCUAACAAAUCGAAGGUACCUAGAGUCACUGCUGUUAAAGUAGUCUUUGAGACUCUUCCACGCAACAACCUCUUUAGGUCGCGCCAUGCCGAAGGCUGCGAGGUCUGCUACGAAGGCCCGAAUUUGGCACCUCUGAUCUAUUGUCAAGGCUGCUCGCUUGCCUACCACAAGAAUUGUGUGGGACAACAUGGCCGCCGAGAGCAUCUAGUUACUAAAGUUGCCGACGACAAAUUUAUUCUCCAAUGCAAGCGGUGCAUUAAUACUUACCAGCUGAAGGACCCCACUGCUCCAGAUCUCUCGAAAUGUCAGGAUUGCAACCGGCCCGGCCCGGCGUGCAAACCUUUCCGACAUCGCAAGACGACAUUACAGGAGCAGAAGGACCGUGAAGAAAACGGCGGAGAGGAUCCGAUCGUCGACGCGCCACCACACCUGAUCAAUAACGCCCACAACGUCCUCUUUCGAUGCACUCGUUGCUCCCGCGCGUAUCACUACCAUCACCUACCCCCGCUCUCGCCUUACUCCAUGGACAUAGCUCGCGAUGAGAACGAGACCGCAGACGAACGAUUCCAGGAGUACUCCCGGAAGUGGUUGUGCAAAGAUUGUGAUGAGACGGAGGAUCGAAAAGUUGGCGGCAUUGUUGCAUGGCGCCCUUCGGACGUAGAGACAUUCCAGCCGGGAACUGGUUGUGCUAUGCUCAGCGAGGACGACAAGCAGUACCUGAUCAAGUGGGAAGGGCAGUCUUACUUCCGUGCAUCCUGGUAUUCUGGCGCCUGGACAUGGGGUGUCACUGCGCCUGCCAUGCGAAAAGCAUUCUUCAACCGCGAAGAUGGACCCAAGAUGCGAACGGAAGACGCCAUUCCAGAGGAAUAUCUUCGUAUUGACAUUGUCCUGGAUGUGAAAUACACUAGCUACGUCGAUGUCCGGAGCGAGGAAAUCGACAAAGCCCGCAUAAAGGAGGUCGACCAAGCUCUCAUCAAGUACAAGGGCCUUGGGUACGAAGAAGCCGUAUGGGAGAAGGUGCCCACUCCUGAAGACGGCGACAGGUGGCUCGAUUUCGUGACUGCUUACAAUGAUUGGGUAGCUGGCCGAUAUAUCCGAUACCCCAAGCAAGGUGCCCUCAAAGCGCGCCUUGAGAAGGCCCAUAGCGCCCCGUUCGCGAAAUUGGAGAAGCAGAAGCAACCGGACAAUCUCGUCGGAGGCGAGCUGAUGAAAUAUCAGAUCGACGGACUGAACUGGCUGUACUAUCAAUGGUACAGCCAGAAGAACGGUAUCCUCGCAGACGAAAUGGGCCUGGGUAAGACCAUCCAGGUCAUCGCCUACAUGGCGACGCUUAUCCAGGAGCAUAACUGCUUCCCUUUUCUCAUUGUGGUACCGAACUCCACGUGCGCCAAUUGGCGACGGGAGAUCAAGCAAUGGGUCCCGUCCUUGCGGGUAGUCACCUUCUUUGGCUCCGGACAAGCCCGAGACAUGGCAUCUAAAUACGAGAUGUUUCCGGAAGGCGCCAAAGAGCUUCGAUGCCAUAUCGUUGUGACUUCUUACGAAGCCGCCGCAGACGAUAGUUGCAGGAGGAUCUUCCGGCGCGUGAACUGGGCAGGACUCAUCGUCGAUGAAGGCCAGCGGUUGAAGAACGACAAGAGCCAGUUGUAUGGCGCCUUGACUGCGGUCAGGGCGCCAUUUAGAUUGCUGCUGACCGGUACACCUUUGCAAAACAAUGCCCGGGAGCUCUUCAAUUUGCUGCAAUUCUUGGACGAGAAUGUUAACGCUGCGGAGCUAGAGGAGAAGUACGCAGAAAUGACCUCAGAAAACAUCCGAGAGCUCCACGAUCAGAUCCGACCCUUCAUUCUGCGACGUACUAAGGCUCAAGUCCUGACAUUUCUCCCGCCGCUGGGCCAGGUCAUCGUUCCCCUCUCAAUGAGUGUCUUGCAGAAGAACCUCUAUAAGUCGAUUCUGGCAAAGAACCCUGAACUUCUCAAGGCACUUUUCACCUCAGGAAACCUCAAAACCCAAGAACGCGCCAACCUCAGCAACAUCCUAAUGCAACUGCGGAAGUGCUUAUGUCACCCUUUCGUUUACAGCCGCGAGAUCGAGGAGCGUACUGAUAUCGAAGCUGUAUCCCACCGCAACUUGGUAGAGGCUUCUGCUAAGCUGCAACUCCUUGAGCUAUUAUUGCCGAAGCUGCAAGAGCGUGGUCAUCGUGUCCUGAUCUUCAGUCAAUUCUUGGAUAUGUUGAACAUUAUGGAAGACUUCCUGGACGGCAUGCAAAUGGCGUACCAGCGCCUGGACGGCAAUAUGGGCUCGAUGGAGAAGCAGAAGCGGAUAGACCAGUUCAACGCACCAGAUUCUCCUCUGUUCGCCUUCCUUCUGUCGACACGAGCGGGUGGCGUCGGGAUCAACCUUGCUACCGCAGACACAGUCAUCAUUCUCGACCCUGACUGGAAUCCGCACCAGGACAUCCAAGCGAUCUCACGGGCGCAUCGGAUCGGCCAGAAAAAGAAGGUGCUAUGUUUCCAGUUGAUGACAAAGGCCAGCGCCGAAGAAAAGAUUGUCCAGAUGGGCCGCAAGAAGAUGGUUCUCGACCACGUCGUAGUUGAGCAGCUUGACGCGGAGGACAUUGAAGAAAAGGAUAUUCAGUCAAUUCUCAAGUUCGGCGCUGCGGAACUCUUCAAAGAUGACGCAGAUCGCGACGUUCGCUACGACGAGGCGUCGAUCGACAAGCUGCUUGACCGCAGCCAGAUUGAGAACACGAGAACAAGCGGUGAUGACUCUGCAGAAUCGCAAUUCAGCUUCGCUCGUGUCUGGGCCAACGAUCAAGGUGCACUAGAAGAUACACUCGAUACGGCGGACGAGGAGGUUGCUCCUCCAGAUCCGAGUGUUUGGGAUAAGAUUCUCAUGGAACGUCAAGCGGCAGCUGCUGCAGAAGCACUUGCUCGAGCGGAAGCUCUGGGUAGAGGCAAGCGGGCUAGGGUGACCAUCGAUUACACCACCGAACAGGACGCUGUUGUUGAUGAAGGAGCAAAUAGCGUUGUUCCAUCUCCUGUCAAGGUGGACAAGAAGCGCAAGAAGAAGCCUUCAUCCGGCAGUGACACCGACUUCAUGGCCGAUGAAACCGAGGAAGACGACAGCGACACCGAAGUCCCCGCGGAAGCCCUGGCGGAAGCGCGGAACCUCGGAGAAAUCGAUGUCUCUCAUCGACGCAGCACAAGCACCAUCGUCAACAAGUCGCUAUACAAGCAAAACGCAGCAGGUGCGUCCCGUCUUCCAUCUCGACUCCCGUCCAAGUUCCCUUCCGUCAGUCUCAGCAUUCCAGCUUCUGCUUCAAACAACCCCAAAGGUCCUCCUUCGCCGCCUGUCAGAUAUGGAAAACCUUCCUCCGCUAAAUUUGCGCCGGUUUUAGACACACCACCUGCGCCGCCGGCUAAUGGGCCAACAGUUAAACCUUUUGAACGAGCUCGCAUCCCUAUUCGCUCACCUCUCGAACCUACGUACGGAUCCAAUGUCCAAAUAUGCCUUGCUUGCCAUAAGCAACAUCCUCGCGGCGCCUGCGAGCUAAAGGUUGCCGGUGUCGAACACUGCGGUCUCUGCGGCCUCGCGCAUUUCGGUCAUGCCCGCACCUGCCCGCACAUCAAAUCUGAGACCCAAGUCCGCGAAAUGCUUCUGGCCCUCAAGAACUCGCCCGAAAAGAAGGAACUCGUCGACGCUGCUAUGAAAUACCUCCGAGGCGUCAAAGGUACCCUGGUUCAGCAGAAGAAGAGGGACAAGGAGAAGGCAUUGAUGCAAGGCGGUGGUGGCAGCGCUGUAGGCAAUCCUGGGAAGAUAUACAAUCCGACUCAGUAUCAGCCGCCCGCUCCUAACGGCGUCGGGCGUCCUUCGUAUCCUCCGGGGCAGAACGGCCUGAGUCAAGGUCCGCCUACGUACCAUGGACCUGUCAAUGCCGUUCCGGGUAGCGUAGGAAGCCUUCUCGCAGGCCAGCGUGGGCCUGCUCCGCAACAGCAGCGUGCUCCGCAAGGCAUGGAUCCUUAUCAGGCGAUCGAGGAUCGCGAGGUCGAGAAAGCGCUGCGCGGUUUCUUGGGGCGCUAAAGUAUCGGAAAGCUUGGUGGAAGGGGAGUUUCUCAUUCAAUUUCUGUAAUGAUAGACUUUCUUACUUGCAUAGUGUUCUCUCAUCUACUGAGACAACGCUUGGUGGUGGUGGUGGGUUGCUCUGAGCAUUUCAGGCUAUGGCGUUGGUCAGUAUGGGUCAUGGCCGUCAUUCAUAUCUAGGUAGCAUUUUCAUUGCCGAUCUUGGACGGCGCUUCUUAGACACGUCCUAGGAACUUAACUGAGAUACCCUUUUCGUUCGUAUGUUUUGUACUUCUCAGUCUCGCUUCUGCUAUGUGG